UCCAGGCAGCUUCAUCUGGAAGUUCUUUGGCGAUGGAGUCUGCAUGCUUCACCCUUUAAAUUCGUCCAUGUCCCGCCUACCGAACAUAACGGACCCAGCACUGACUGGGGAGCACAGGACGAACAGCAGGCUCUCGGAGAAUUGGAGAGUAUUGGAUCGGGAGCGAGCGCUUCCGUAGGAGGAACAGCCGGCUUCGUUCAUUGAUACGAGGAGAUCUCUGUAGUCCUGGGAGGUUCGACGAAUACUUGAGGUUGCUCAAUUGCUGCGAGGAUGGGGACCUUCGGCUCCCGUACUGUCUUAGGCUGCUCAAUUGCAGUACUGCUGUUCGGAUACUGCCUCGCCGGAUUCAACGACGAAUUUACAAAAGUCUGGACUCCGGAGCAUAUUGUACCCGAUGACACGACCAAUAGUGUGCAGCUGACGAUGACUCAGGUUGCGGGUGGCCAGUUUGCGAGCAUCAACUCGUUUCUUUACGGUUCUUUCAGUGUCAAAUUGAAGCUGAUUGCUGGCGAAUCUUCCGGAACCGUGUGCUCGUUCUACCUCACAUCCUACGGAACGAAUCACGAUGAAAUCGAUUUUGAGUUUCUCGGAAACGAGACAGGCCAGCCCUACGUUCUCCACACCAAUGUCUUCGCCAACGGCGUAGGAGGAAGGGAGCAGCGCAUCUUCCUGUGGUUCGAUCCCACUGCCGACUUCCACACUUACCAGGUCGUCUGGAACCACGCGCAAAUUACGUGGUUGGUGGACGAUAUUCCAAUCCGGAUUCACAAGAACAUCGAGAACGUGUUGCCGAAUUCGUACCCGACUUAUCAACCGCAGGUCAUUGCCUCGAGUAUAUUCGAUGCAAGCUCGUGGGCAACGCGUGGUGGGGCGGUGCCGACCAAAUGGGAGUAUUCUCCUUUCGUCGUCACCUACAAGGAUUUCUCGUUCCAGGCAUGCCGAGUGUCGAACAACGACAUCAGCCCUUGCACGACGAACUACCAGGGCAAUUGGUGGGAAGCCGCUGAUUACCAAAAUCUGAACGCGGUCAAGGUGACCCAGCUCAAGGAGGUCCAUCAGAAAUACAUGGUGUAUGACUACUGCACCGAUUAUGUCCGAUACCCUACGACUCCCGUAGAGUGUGCUUACAACACUCUUUAAGGAAUUAGUCCCCCUGAGACUGACAGCACCGUCCACGCUACUUAUGAACUGUGGCCAUUCAUGGUGUUCAUCCGUAGCGUCGAUCUGAUGCCCCCUUGGAGAUUAUUUACAGGGUAGGUCAUGUAUUAUGUAUUUGUGUUCGCUUAUUCUUUGGCCGGCGACGAUCUGGAAGUCUGCUGCCCGUGACAUUCCUCUCAAUCUAUGUACUGUACAAUCAUUCAUUCAAUAAUUGUGAUCUGGUAAAGGUUACUGCUUGGUCGCGAAGCGUUCCAAGUACCUUUGACCUCAAGAAUUCGC